UUUAACUUAAUGAUCGCAAUUACCCAGUGGCUUGCAUACCGUGGCAAGUUUCUACCUAUUGGCAGAGUAGCCUUUAGGAAAACCUUGUCACGGGGAAGGACGCAACGUUCUCCAGAAAUACUGCUACCACCCUGGGUAGCCGUACAUGAGCUGUGCUUCAUGUUACGUACAAAACUCGCAAUGUGUAUGCGAGCCUGCGGUGUGUCCAUAUCGAGGGGGAAUUACACAUGGACAGAUCAAGAAGGUCGGAUUUUCCAAUCGAAUAAUAAACGGCAUGUUUUAGUGCCUUUCGAGGCGGCGGUUGCAGCCUGUAAGAAACAAGGGUACCAGCCAAUACAGGUUUCACCGGAGCCUGAAUCACCAAAACGAUGUGUGACCAAAAAGGCAUUACCUGUGAUUACCAUCAUAGGUCACAAGGACCAUGGCAAAACCAGCUUGAUGGAACGCCUUUGUGCGGAAGAGAUGCUUGUACAUGAAUAUGGUAAUACGACGCAACAAGUGGUUAUCAGGUCGGUAAUGUUGCCGACAGAAGACGGUCAUGUACAAGCCACGGUCCUAGACACGCCCGGUGACGCAUUAUUUGAGCUUUCGAGAGGCCGUGCCUUGCAUCUAGCGGAUUUAGCGAUACUAUUGUUGUCAGUUGAGGGUGGUGAAGUGCAAACGAGAGACCUUAUUGUACAAGCCAACCGUUUCAACGUGCCAGUGAUAUUUUGUAUCAAUAAGGCCGACCUAGAAUUCAGAGAAGUUGAAGUUGCACGUGCUGAAUUAAAGAGACAAUGUUCAAAUAUGUAUCGAGCAGGAUUAAUAGCUACUGAUAUGGCUGAUCAAGUACGAAAUGCCGUGGCAUUGAGUACACGCACUGGUAUAGGUCUAGCUAAACUGGGCACCGUUAUAGCGCAAAAAUUAGAAAAUUCAGAGUUACCUAUCAAUCCAACCUAUAUAGCAAAGCCAUUUGGAGGUAUAUCUCUGAAAGAAGUAGAGUCGUUCAUUCGAAGAACCAAUUGCCUGGUGAGCACCGGAGAUCCUCCCUUCGCAACGUGUUUUAUCAUAGAGGUAGAAAAAACCCACUCCUAUGGUGUAGUGCUAACGAUAAUAAUACGGCACGGGGUGUUGAUUGAAGGUGCCUACUUUGUAGCUGGAACUGAGUAUGGUCGCAUUGCAGGAAUAUAUCCAAUAAAUGGAAAGAUAAUUCCAGAUGCAAAAAUGGAACGUGCUUAUGUGGGUCAAGCUGUGAGAAUCACUGGACUAAAGAGCAAUCAAGGAACAAGCGCAGAUGAUAUACUAUGCACAAUGUCGCAGCAUGAAGCUUUCAGACUCAGUCAGUAUCGCAAAGAGUUACAGCUACUUCGCAGUAACCAAAUACAAGGACCGCUUAUAGAUCUUCCAUGGGCUGUUGUGCUAAAACCUAGCGAAGAUGCAGGUUAUCCCGACAUAAAGACCGCAACAGUUGACAACGACGUCAUAAAUGAAGUAAGACAUAACGAUGCCUUAAUAGACGAUCCAUUGCCAUCAUCUAUAUUACUCAAACCAAUUGACAGUGAAUCAAAAAUUGUAGAGCAACUGUCAAAAGACUUUACGGAUGGAGAGACUACGGAUUGUUCGGACUCAGAAACAGAUCUUCACUUAUAUCCACAUGAAAGGGGGGAUUCGAACACAAACAUCCACGAAAUAAAUGAAGCAUUCGAGGAUCCUAACGAAAAUUGGAACUCCGUAGUCGCACAACGUAACAAGCAAUUACGUGAAAAAUGGGCAGAGAAGUUAGACAAUAUGGAUAUGCCAGAAGAAAGUCUAAAGGCACAUGGAGUAGCACCACCGCCAAAAUUACCACCCGAAAUAGGACGUCCGGUGGUUCCGGUAAUACUAAGGGCGAACUUUGUGGGAUCGUUUGAUGCACUCCUAGAUGGCUUCGAGCAACUUGAACUUAGAUACAAUGUACGCAUACCCGUGGUACACGGGGGAUUGGGUGCAGUUACACCCAGUGAUGUUGUACAGGCCGAUAUAGGCAACAAAUUCGGGUGCUGUCCGAUAUACGCAUUCCAAGUGCCAGUGCUUAUCGACGCCGCCAAGCAUGCAGUCAUCAAUCAUGUAGUUGUUAAGCAACUCAACGUUUACUCUGACCUACUUUCUGACGUGGAGAAGCGCUGUGAACGCGCCAUAAGCCACGCUAAAAGAUCCAAAAACGUCGUGUGACAUAGGGAACACCUAAGCUAGCG